AUGAACCGCCAAUCUUCCGAAUCCCAAGACAGAGUGAAGCGCCGAAAAAUUGCUGUCGCAUGUGACGAUUGUCGCGCCAGGAAAGUCCGUUGUGAUGGUGUGCAACCGAUGUGUGGGCCAUGCAGCAAAAGGACCGAACGCGGAGUUCAUUGCGUUUAUACAGGAGAGUUGGAGAAAAAAAGAGCACGACAAACGUAUAUCUCCACUCUGGAAUCCCGGAUUAAACAACUUGAAAGCCCCCAAGAUUCAGAGAAGACCCGGGGAUCAGGCCAUACACCGUGCGUGAAUACGCCGACACCGACUUCUGGCAUUGGACAGCCCAAUGCAUCCCAGAGUUCUGCACGAAACAUUCCGAGUGAGCGUAACAUAUCUACUCUCAUCGGUGAUGGCGAUGGCGUCAAUGCGAUGAUGGGUGCAGUCGAGGAAGAGCGUGCUAGCCAAGGAUUCUUCGGAAGCUCUAGCGCAGCAGGAUUCAUGCGUCAAAUUAGGACCGCCGUCGACAAGAGGGUAUUGUCUCCACAUCAGGGGCCUUCGCUACCUCAUACUGUUAUUCCAUCGAACAUCGUUCCAAAACGGUCCGAGCGACCACAGUCAUCUGCGGGAAAUUAUGUGCUACCGCCGCGGAAAAUGGCAGACAGCCUGAUGCAGGUGUAUUGGGAUUAUGUUUUCCCAUUAUAUCCGUUUCUGAUCCCUGACGAGAUGAAGGAUGAGUAUGAAAAGAUCUGGAGUGGUGAGAGCCUGGAGUAUGAUGAAAGCAUGCUGAUGUGCACUCUCAACGUUAUCUUUGCUCUGGCUAGUCAGCUGGCUGAUUUCGUCCCACCGACAGAGCGAGAAACAUCCGCAGAUGUCUUUUUCUCCCGGGCGAAAGGCCUAUUUCAGUUCAAUUUAUGGGACACUGGAUCCAUUGGUCUGAUUCAAUGCUUGCUACUUAUGGCUCAAUAUCUGCAAAGCACCGAUUCUGCGCAUCAAUGCUGGAUUGUCACGGGGCUCGCAAUCCGUAACGCGCAAAGCUUGGGACUUCAUCUCCCUCAAACGAUCAACCGCCUCCAAACCUUCCGAGAACGGCAAUUGGCGCGCAAAAUAUGGCACGGGUGUAUUUUGAUGGAUAGAGUUAUAUCUAUGACAUUUGGCCGUCCUGCGAUGAUCUCGAAGACCUCCAGUGGUGCAGUCCCUCUCCCAGCCGCCGUGGAUGAAGAAUACAUCCCCCCUGGAUCAAAUGUGGAGGUAGCCCAGCCAUCUAACCUGCCUUCCAUCAUGGCAUUCUUUGGCAAAUCGUUGGAGCUUUACGAGAUUAUGAAUGAUGUUCUUCUCAGCCUUUACAAGCCCAUGUCGGAUGAUGGUUCAGAUGAUAUUCAUGAUUUCUACUUUAAUAACGUUGCCAGCGAAGGGGAUAGGACAAUAUUCGAGCUUGACCGCUCUCUGGCGCGAUGGACGCGAAGCCUUCCUCCCCAUUUGCGCGGAGGAUCCUCAUUAGUACCUGGAAACCCUAUCUUCUGUCGCCAAAGCAUUGUCUUACGCGCCAGGUUUUUACACGUACGGAUGUUACUUUUUCGGCCAAUUCUAUCCAAAUAUUGCGCUACCCGAGAUUAUUCAUCAACGGAUCCGUUGAUCUCGAUGAACGACUCAUUCCCCCAUCGUGUUGCACUCCAAUGCUCCAUAAUAUGUGUCAAGGCUGCCCAGGAAUCAAUCGAGCUCAUCUACAACAACGUUCCUGCGGAUGGCACCGGGGGCCCGCUACCAGCCUGGUGGUACAAUGUUCUCUAUGUUUAUACAUCUGCCACAGUCUUGAUCGCGGGCCGAUUAUGCUCUGCGAUCCUUGCUGAAGUAACAGAAGAUUCUGUCACACGGUCCUGGAACUGUGCACUCGAAAUCCUUCGCAAAUAUGAGAGCUAUAGCACGUCCGCACGACGUUGCGUGGCUGCCCUUGAAAUUCUCUAUGAACAAGUUGUAUCUGAGGGGUUGCAAAUCCCCAGCCAAACGCCUCGUCCAGACUUUUUAGUCAACUCGACAACUGCAUUGAAUGAGAUGUCCUUUGGGGAAGGCAUGAAUGCGGCGUUCUUGGACAGUUUUGAAUUUCCCGACUUCCAGGAUAUGUCUUGGUUAAAUAGCGUCCCGAGUAAUCUUUUCUAG